UUCCAGACUUACAAAUCUUAUGAGAGUUAGGCCAUACGAGCGUCAUUUAGCAGUGGAUUAUGUGACAGUUUGUUAUCGUUGUCUGCCUAUGGGAAAAUAUUAGCUUAGAAUGCAAGAUCAACCAGCGCUACAGCGAGCUUCCACAGUUCGACGGUCGGCUUAUCGAGCAAGUAUGAUGUCUCCAGGAGAUAGUGGUGGUAUCGGCGCUCUUGCUGCCUCCGUUGGCCUUCAACAGCAGAGUAGCGUGAGGAGAACAUCGGUAAUGCAACGGUAUGUUGGAGAGAUUGAAUUCACAGGGAUGAAUCAAACAGCAAAAUUCUGUAAAUUGGAUAGUUCCACGAAUGACACGGUUAUCAGGGAUCUGCUCAAACGCAAAUGGGGUUUGAAACCUCCAACGCUAAUCAUAACGGUGUUCGGGACUGAUUUCGAAAAGAAAAGAAAACUGAAAAUGAUUUUCAAGAAAGGACUGUGGAAAGCUGCUGAAAGUGGUUGCUGGAUUGUCACCGGUGGUUUUCACUUGGGUAUCAUGAAACUUACCGGUGAAGCUGUUCGCGACUACACGGAUGCUUACGGUGGAAAUCGCAUGAUGGCUUUUGGUGUAGCAAGCUGGGACUGUGUCAUGAAAAACGAAUUGCUGGAGGCAGCUCUUCACGAGGGGACAGCAGUUUAUCAGUCCGAGGAAGAUGAUGAAGAACAAGAAGACAGCGUUAUUGCCUUGAACGAGCCAACACAUGACGGGGAGAAAAAGACAGUACGGACGGAUAUUGAAGAACGUGCUCUUGACCCAAAUCACAAUUACUUCGUUCUUGUGGACAGUGGAGUUUCAGAUCAGGCCAAGGGGAAAGAGGCGGAAUGCAGAGCCCGGUUUGAAAGGUGUAUUUCCCAGUGGAGUGGAGCCAAAAUUGCCCUUGACCAAAGUGGGGCUGGAGGAGCGGGGGCUGCGACAACUCAGUCUGGAGGGAUCACAUCAAGUACACAUCUGCAGGCAACACAAAGUUCUUCACAGACAGGAAGCAACGUCACAAAUCAGUCCAACGUUACGUUACAAAGAGAGGGCAGCGCAAGUGGGCCAGCAGGGCAGCAAAGUUCCACAUCGGUAAACAAAGGGUCGAAGGCUACGGGGGGAUCAUCCACUACAUCUGGGACCCAAAAGCCAGGAAAUGAACAGACUGCUCCGGGUCAAGCGGCUUCAGGGGCGAAACAAGCUGGUGAAAAGAGCCUGUUAGAUCUGAGUGGUAAACUUCAGAAGACUGGAAAAUCGGUUGGCGGGGAAGAAGACAUAUUGGUGCCAAUGUGCGGUCUCGUGGUUGGAGGCGAUCGCUUCACGGUCCGACAGGUCUAUUGCUCAGUUAUCCAGAACCGAUGUCCAAUUGUUGUGACCAAAGGCACUUCAGGAGCGGCGGACGUUAUCGCGUUCGGGCUGGACGCCGCAAGCAAAAUGGCGACAGAAGAGGUUGUGGAUGACAAGGAACCCGUUCCACUCGAAACCAGAAUCGAAUCCAUAAUUGAAGAGUUCCUCGGUGAUAUGCACCCAGAUUACACAAGCUACACUGAGGAAGUGAAUAUGCUUUGUGAGAUCAUCAACGAUUAUAGCAAUUUGGUCACCGUCUUCGAUAUGGAGGAGGACUCGGACCUGGAUGGUUACGUGAUAUCAUCGCUUCUGGCCAGUGCUGGAUCUAUUGUGGCAUCCGACCAAAUAAAUUUGGAACAGUUGGAGAUUACUCUAACACUAAACCGGGCGGAUAUCGCGAGAGAAAAGAUAUUUUUGGAAAACAAAAAGUGGAGGAAAGGACAAUUGAAUGACUACAUGUACCAAGCCCUCAUGAGUGAUCGACACGAUUUUGUGAAGCUAUUUCUCGAACAAGGUUUCAGUCUGGAAGAGUUCCUCACAGUCUACAUGCUAGAAAAGCUGUAUACAGACCAGCUGAAAAAUAUGAAUUCCAAGGUCGCAAUUUUCAACAAAAUGUGGGAAUACAACCGAUCGCAUCGACAAAGCUCGAAAGUCGCACUACGUGACGUUGGCAAGGUCAUUAAGGCACUCGUCGGAGACUUCUACCACCCGUUAUAUUUGAGCAAAGAAUUUCAUGCCAAGCUUAUGCCUGAGAAGCGUCUUGAGGAACCAGGGCCGGGCAAACCGUAUGACCCUGAUGCUCCAUUCAUCAGCGAUGAGGAUUCCUUUAGUUAUUCUGACAAUAGCUAUGAUAAUGGAGCAAUAAGUCCAAGAACCUUGGGACUAAGGGAACGUGUGCGUUUCAUUGAUCACGGCGAGGAGCACGAGCGCGAUUGGCUUGCUGGCGUCCACCCACCGGGGGCUGGAUUCCAAAAUCCGGCAUUUUUAGAACAGGACAGAACGAUUCGCGUAACUGCCCGUCGCGGAGCCACAAGUGGUGAACCUGGUCGACCAGAUGGAGAUGAUUCAGACGGCAAGGGUGGUGCCGCCAACGGAACUUCUGAAAAGCUCGAUCUCGAGGAGAAGUACAAUCAGCAAGGGAUUCCCCGUAGUUCAACUACAGUGACAACAGUGAGCGGCGACAUUCUGCUGCCGGCAAAAAGUCCAAAACGCUCGGCUGAUCAAAGGGAUCAAUCCCAAAGACGCACGAGUAGGGAACACCGACGGGGACGUUCUCCUCCACCUUACGAAGGAACCACACUAAGGCAAAACGCAUAUGCGCGACCUAGUCGUAAUGGAAGUCAGAAAAGAGGCCAGCAGAACGAUCCGCGAUACACAAGACGCCGUCCGUCGCUGGAUAACAUGCAUGACAUACCUAUACCCGGGCAGCCGCUCGUCUACAACGCGAUUGUGCCAGCUGUCAACCGAUCAGCUGCAGGCUACGGUGGUACUGCCUACACAAGCUUCGGACCGGGGCACUUUCGAAUUACCGGACGGGCUCCCCUAGCCUAUGAUGCUUCAGUCGAAUCAUCAGGCAUUGCCAUUCCACUUAACCGAGCAGCGGAUGAGAAUGUCUACGUCUCCCGAGACAAUAUAAAUGAACAGCCAAUAAGGCCCUUUGCCCCGCCAGCCCACUCAGAUGUAUCUUCGUUCACGAUUGGUAUAAGGAGCGCAGGGGCGUUUGAGCAGGGUGGAUUGCGUGGUUGUUGGCGAUGGGUUACUUCCUGUUGCGUGCGCAUUCUAGGAAGAUCAAGUUCAAAGGAUCGAGGAGAAACAGGAAUGGAACAUCAAGACGGAAUGAAAGGACGGGAAUUCACCACUUUACGUGCGAUGGCAGCAUUAGCAGCCGCAACUGCUGUGACUGCCGUGGCUGAUCCCUCUAAAGCACCUCACACAGAUGAGGAACAAACAAAAGCGAUACAGCUAGACCGUCCUGCACGAGAAUUGCUCAUAUGGUCCAUCUUAGUUGGAAAGCUACGAAUGGCCGAAUUGUUUUGGACAAUGGAAAAGGAACCGAUUGCGGCAGCCUUGCUUGCUUCGAUUCUCUUGACUUCCCUGGGGAACAAGACGGAUGACUUUACUGAUAAGGAAGACUACCGAAGUUUUGCCAAAAAUUUUCAAGAACGGGCUGAGGGCGUCCUCAAUGAGUGUUACCGAGAGGACGAGCACCGAACCCAGCUGAUCAUCAAUCACGAAUUGAUGUACUACGGACGGAGCUCUGUGAUCAAACUUGCAGCUGAAGGUCAAAGUAUCAAGUUCAUGGCCCACCCCUGUUGUCAAGACUUCCUCACCAACACAUGGAAUGGCAACUUGUCUACAAAGAACAGUGUGAUAAGGUAUUUUCUAGGCAUCAUCUGUGGCCUAACUAUUCCAUUUUUGAUUCCAAAAAUUAUUUUGGCCAAACCAAAGACUAAUCCAGUCACGGAGGAAGAGGAAACUAGCACAACAGUGGAAUCUGCGAAUGUAAACCAAGAGGAUGCAGGGUCAUUGGUGAAGGAAAACGCAAUGGUCAGAAGGAAGAGCAUUCGGAAGAGUUUUCGUCACAAUACAAAGGAAUUUAUCGCACAAAUCCGUGAUUUCUACAUGGCACCUGUGAUCCGUUUUGUCUACAAUACGAUCUCAUACAUGGCCUUUUUGAUACUGUUCAGCUACCUACUCUUAGUGGAUUUCAAAAUCCAGAUUUCCGUUGUGGAGUAUAUUGUGAUUGCAUGGGUCGUCACCUUGCUCAUCGAAGAGAUAAAACAGGUGAGUUUCGAUUCUUACUCGGUGCGGGACAAACUAGCUGUCCUCUCAGGCAUCAGCUUUCGCACUUAUAUAUCAGAUGGCUGGAAUAAACUGGACUGUACAGGCUUGGGUCUUUUCAUUAUCGGGUUUGUCCUGCGGAUGAUUGUGUUGCUGCGCAUUGGACAUCGGCAACAUUUGGAUCCGAUGCACGAACGUUUCUACAUUGUUACCGACCUAUACCUUGACCUUUCACGCAUCAGCUUGGCCAUCAGCUUGUUUGUGUUUUACAUACGAUUGAUGUACACAUUCAGUUUCAACAUAGCCCUUGGCCCAAAGCUGAUCAUGAUUGGAAAAAUGGUAACGAACGACUUGAUUCCGUUUAUGAUCAUCUUAACGGUGAUAAUGGUCGGAUACGCGGUUGCUGCACAAUCGAUUGCCUAUCCGAAUGGAUUGUUUACCAAGGAAAAUAUGACACUAGGAUGUGACGUCAAGCAGAUGAACUUUAGCGACAUCAUUUUUGCCAUGUACACGACUGCAUAUUUCCAAAUGUUCGGUGAUUUCAGUUUGGACGCACUUCAGGGAGAAGGUGAGUCAAACCUCUGUGUCAGAAUUUACAAAAAAAUCAGACACCGAUUCAUCUUGAAAUGUUUCCAUUGUUCAUGCUCAUGUGGUUUUCCUUAUUCAAAGACUUAUGAGGAGAUUGAGAGCGCCUCAACGUACUACUGGAACUACCAGCGAUACCAGAUGAUCAACGACUAUGUUCACCGAUCACCGCUUGUGCCACCCAUCAUCAUAUUUUGGCAUUUCUAUGAAGCAUAUAAAGCCAUUGGUAAUCGAUGUGCCAGUCUACGGAACCAUGAAAACACCAAACACAAUCCAUUUUGUGUACGUUUUACGGACUUGAAGAAAGAACGAGAAAUGGUGAAAUGGGAGCAUAUGAAAGCGAUGGACUAUCUGAGAGAACCUUCACAAAAGGGCAGUGGAAAACGUGGGGCGGCUGAGUCUCGAGCUGUGGUCUUCCGUGGUGGUGGUGGAGGCCCAAUGCAGGGGCCAGUGAUGGAUCUAAAAAGUGAAAUGUCUAGCGUUACCGAGGGCAUAGGAAUGGAACUAGAAAAGCGAUUCAAAGAGAUCGACAGUCAGUUUCAGCGAUUUAACGAUGUGGAUUCUCGCCUGGGUGAGGUCACCCAGAUGCUCACGAACCUCAGUGAUGUUGUCCGGUCAGUGACUGAAACCCAGCAAAGAAUCAUGAAGCAGAUCAGUGAGCUCCCCACAUGCCAGUGCAACGAACUAACGGAUGAAGUGAUACCCAUUCCCUCUGUUGAACCUGGAGCGCCUUCGACCGAAUCGAGGAAACGUACAAAACUGGAAAUCGCUGUUCAGUCGGCACUAGAAGCUGCGAAAGAUGUUCUUCGUCCGCCUACCCCUCCCCCUCCUCCUCCUCCACCACCCCCGCCUCCAAGCGGUUCAGAAGAAGGUGGCGAUCCGUCUGCAGAUCCUGUAAAAUCUCCCGAUGUAUCCGACAACCGAACGGGAAGAGUAAUUGAACGAAAUGUGGCUGAGCAUCGCUUAUGGCGUAUCGCACCAUUCAACUUCGAGAAGUAUCCUGGCAUGCGAAUGAACGUUCCACCCGAGAGGAUGGCCUGGACGGCGGAAUAUCCAGACUACUUUGCCUAUGACGCGUGCGAAGAAGUUCUCCUCUAUCCAUCGGAAGAUGCACACGACGGAGAAAAUGAGAAUCUACGUGGAAUUAGUUUCAAUCAGUAUGACCCUCAUGCCAAAAUACGACGUCAAAGUCUACUGGGUCGGUAUCGUCUUGACCCUACGACCGGUGCUCCCCUCAACCCAAUGGGCCGAACUGGCUUACUAGGCAAAGGAUUACUACCUCGCUGGGGUCCGAAUCAUUCCAUUGUUAUAUGCAUCACAAGAUGGUCCAGAGAUCCACGUACCGGUAAUCAAGUGACUAGAAGUAAUCGUGGAGUGUUGCAGUACAUAGCUCUUGAACGAACCAAGCGUUUGUGUAUACCAUGGUAUCUCACAGAUCAUUCAAACCGAUGCGAACUUGACACAUGUGUCCCCAAGGUAAUAAGCAGCUUUAUUACGCGCCGGGCUCGAGCCACAUUAUCUGAAAAACGCGUUGACAGACUUCUCAAGCGACUGGACAAGGCUGAAGUGACUCAGAUAUUCAAAGGCUAUCUAGAUGAUCAACUGAAUGCAGAUAGCGCUUGGACCGAGACAGUCGUGAUCAACAUCCAUGAAGGAAAUGCAAAAGGCGCAUACAUGGGUGACGACUUUCUCAAAUUAUUCAGCGAACCAGCCACCGGCGAACAAUGCAAAUGGAUGGAAGUUGGUCAAAGCAGCAACUUACGGACAAGUCAUAAUUACAUUUUAAAGAGUGUGGCCGAAAGCAAACGCGCCUUUUACUAACUCCAAUCAGUUUACCGUACCAAAUCAGUACCGAUGCGUGCCAUAUCCCUGAACGCGUCUGCUAGAUACGGCCUGAGACGGUAGCACGUCUUGUUCAACAAACGGCGUGUUUAAAACCCGAAUCCUUGGUUUAACUAAAACAUGUCUGGCUCCUAAUUUAUUUUACUACGAUUCUGUAAAUUUGAGACCAUUCCCUUAUAGAUUAGGCCUCUUAGACUGUCGACGUAUGUAUGCAGUGAAUACUCCCACACUGAUGUAUAUUGGGAAUCUGCUAAUAAGUUGAGUCAGUUUCAACUUUUACGUCUUCUUUCAUUCUUUCGCAUUCCACUAUUAUCGAAUGAAUGUGUUCAAUGAAUGAUCAACGUCUUCUCUAGAGCAUCUUUUCUUCCUUGUAACAUAACACAUACUUCACGCGUGGCAACCUACGCGAAGAUUCCUAAUACCAAGCGCUGAUUAACGCGCAAUCCUAAUGCUUCCAGAAAAUGUACUGCCAUAGGAAAAGUCACUUCAUGAAGAUCAUGUAACUUUGUGGAUCUACAAAUAUUGUGGAGUCAUGUGAUUGAAGAUACCAUAGAUUUUGUUUUGGCAAAACUUUUGGUGAUAUACUUGUCACGCUAUAAGCAAAUACAAA